ACAUAGGGGAAAUGAAGUCUCUACAACACCUCUGCUUGUAAACUCUUUAUCAGUUCAUCAGCUGGCUGCUCAGGGAGAAAUGUUAUAUCUGGCCACACGUAUUGAACAAGAAAAUGUAAUCAAUCAUAAGGAUGAAGAAGGAUUUACUCCUCUGAUGUGGACUGCAGCUCAUGGGCAGAUAGCAGUAGUGGAAUUUCUCCUCCAGAAUGGUGCAGAUCCUCAGAUUUUGGGGAAAGGGCGUGAAAGUGCCCUCUCACUGGCUUGCAGUAAAGGAUACACAGAUAUUGUCAAAAUGUUGCUUGACCGUGGAGUUGAUGUCAAUAAGUAUGACUGGAAUGGAGGCACACCUCUACUAUAUGCAGUGCAUGGGAACUGUGUGAAAUGUGUAAAAAUUCUUCUUGAAAGUGGUGCUGAUCCAACUAUUGAAACAGAUGCUGGCUAUAAUUCCAUGGAUUUGGCUGUAGCCUUGGGCUAUCGGAGUGUUCUAGAAGAAGAUCCCUGCUCAGCCAAGCUGACC